UAAUCCCAAUUCCACGUGACAGCUCUUCCCGAAGAAGAAAUGGGUCUCUCCUCCCUGGGCCAAGUCGUGCCUCAGUUUCCCUCCAGUCAGAGGAGCGGGAGAUGGGAGCCGGGAAGGAAGAAAGGAGAAGGGGGAGAGGGCGAGGAGGAUCCGCGACUUCCUGGUCGGGAAGGAGAAGCUGGGGGAACCUGGCAGGCGGAGCCCACCCCUACUUGGGCGGGGCGGGGCUGCGGCUGCUGCUGGAACCCGAGCCUAGGAGGGAGGGAGCGCGGGUGGGAGGGCCAAAUUGGGAGCCCCGCAGCUCCGAAGCUACCGGAGGCACUCUGCGCGCUCCCAGUCUGAAGUGACUAUCCAGUGCUAAAGGGGGUACGCUGAGGACUCCAGAGGAGUCAGCCAGCUGUGGGAGGAAGCCGGGGCCAGACAUGACGGAUCCCGAAGACCCCCCCAGACCCAGCCCCGGGGGGACGAGCGAGCCCCCCGGGGAGGAGAGCCUACCUCCCGGAGAAACGUUCCCCCUCUCCUCCUUGGCCAACCUCUUUGAAGGAGAAGAUGGUUCUCCCUCGGCAGGAGGGGAGCCGAGCCGCAGCCCGCCCGCCCAGGGGGAUGCCCGGCAGAACCUGCGCAUGAAGUUCCAUGGGGCGUUCCGCAAGGGCAUGCCCAACCCCAUGGACCUGCUGGAGUCCACCAUUUACGAGUCCUCCGUCGUUCCCGGUCCCAAGAAGGCCCCCAUGGACUCCCUCUUUGACUAUGGUACCUAUCGCCACCACCCCAGCGACAACAACAAGUGGCGCAGAAAGAAGAUCAUAGAGUAA